AUGAGUGGUCCUAAUCCUAAUAAAGAACCUGUAGAAUUAAAUCGUACAUCUUUAUUCUGGGGCUUAUUAUUGAUUUUUGUUCUUGCUGUUUUGUUUUCAAGUUACUUUUUUAAUUAA